CCGAGGGCAGAAGCGGCGGCCGGAGCGGAGGCAGACGGAGCGGAGGCAGACGGAGCCGCGGGGGCAGCGGAGGCCGCAGGAGCGCGUCACUGCUCUCGACUUGGGCAGGAAAGACUCGUGCGGGGGCGUUCCUCCUUUUUCGAGUAAGCUCACUUGGCUCUACCUUUUGAAGACUAGACCAUGACCCGGGAUGAAGGGCUGCCGGACUCGCACUCUGCCCAGGGGUUCUAUGAGAAGUAUGAACCCAAGGAGGUCCUGGGGAGGGGCGUGAGCAGCGUGGUGAGACGCUGCAUCCACAAGGCCACCAGGAAGGAGUACGCCGUGAAGAUUAUUGAUAUCACCGCCGGCAACCUGAACCCCCAAGAGAUUCAGGAGCUGCGGGAAGCCACCCUCAAGGAGAUCGACAUCCUGCACAAGGUCUCCGGGCACCCCAACGUCAUCCAGCUGAAGGAUACUUAUGAGACCAACACUUUCUUCUUCCUGGUGUUUGAUCUGAUGAAAAGAGGUGAACUCUUUGAUUACCUCACUGAAAUGGUCACCUUGAGCGAGAAAGAAACCAGGAAGAUCAUGCGGGCCCUACUGGAGGUGAUCUGCUACCUGCACAAGCUGGACAUUGUACACCGAGACCUGAAGCCAGAAAACAUCCUCCUGGAUGAUGAUAUGAAUAUCAAACUCACUGACUUUGGAUUCUCCUGCCAGCUGAACCCUGGAGAGAAGCUCCGAGAGGUCUGUGGGACUCCCAGCUACCUGGCCCCCGAAAUCCUCGAGUGUUCCAUGAACGACAGCCACCCUGGCUACGGGAAGGAAGUGGACAUGUGGAGCACAGGUGUGAUCAUGUACACCCUCCUGGCCGGCUCACCCCCUUUCUGGCACCGAAAGCAGAUGCUGAUGUUGAGGAUGAUCAUGAGUGGGAACUACCAGUUUGGCUCUCCGGAGUGGGAUGAUCGAUCGGACACUGUAAAGGACCUUAUCUCCCGACUCCUGGUCCUGAGCCCAGAGAAACGAUACACAGCCGAGGAAGCCCUGGAUCACCCCUUUUUCCAGCAGUCCUCGGGCUCCCCUGCCAUGCCCUUCUUCCCCUUCCAGGUGAUCGCCUUGACCGUGCUCGCUUCAGUCCGAAUCUACUACCAGUAUCGGCGCAUGAAGCCGGUGACCCGGGAGAUCGUCCUCCGGGACCCGUACGCCCUGCGGCCCCUGCGGAAGCUCAUCGACGCCUGCGCCUUCCGCAUCUACGGCCACUGGGUGAAGAAGGGCCAGCAGCAGAACCGGGCCGCGCUCUUUGAGAACACGCCCAAGGCCGUGCUCCUCUCCCUGGCUGAUGAGGAAGCCUUCUGAGCACCCCGACCCUGGCACUGCCCGCCACUGGCCGAGUGACUUCCUGGGAGCUCCCAGGGGGCCAGAGGAUGGGGCAGGGCCUGAGGAGCCAGCCCAAGGGUCCCAACGUUAGCUGAGGGGAGCUGGCUCUGACCCCUUCCCUGGGGGGCCUCCCGGGGAGGAGCAGGGCAUUCCCUGCCUACCAACUAGGGCUCCAUCUGAGGACCAGGCUGGAGGGCAAGGGUAAGGGCAAGGGGGAGUCAAGUUGGAAGGGGGGGCUUUGCUUUCUGCUCAGGUUUCUCUGAAUGAUACUUCCUGAGCAGCCUAGGCCCCUCAACCUCUGCCCACCUCUUCCCCCCUACCCCGUUCUGUCAGAUAGCUGGUAGUAAGAAAUGCCCUGGAUUAAAGGUCUGGAAAGCCAGUGUUUAGUCUAGAUUUGGAUACUGACAAAUCAUGUGCCUUGGGCCAAUCAGAACCAUAGCUUUGUUUAACAGUGAAAGGAUGGGUGGUACAAGGUUGGAGCUUCCCAAUCUGGGUUCCACAGAGCCCGGGGGUUUGAUCCGAUGACACUGGGGAUUCCAUGAGAAAAUUUAAAUGCAAGUGCUAUUUCCCCUUCUCAAAUAUGAUCUGCUGAGCUAAAAUGUUAAAUUUGUGCCUGAAAUAUAAAAUUACAUAUCAUAAAUGUUAA